GCUGGAGGGAGGUCGCGCUGCAGAGGAGGCCGCCUCGCGAGGGCUGCGUCGUGACCAAAAGCAGGCACGGCCGAACAGGCGUCCGCACCCGGGGCUGUUUGAGACCGGAAGGGAGUUGUUACUGUAAGCAAAGGACAAGUAACUGGAUUUUCAGCCUCAAGUCAAUGUGAUGGGACUAAGCAAGCCAACUAUGUCUGAUGCUACAUUUGCAUUCCCUACCCAGCUAUACAGGAAUGAAGCAAAGGCUUUACAAACACAGCUCCAGUUUAAUAGAAAUGUUCCUGCGGUUCCAGGGAACUUGGCUCUCAGAUUCUCUAACCCCUGUCCAAUUAUAAUAGAAAAACUGAAGGCAUCCAAUGAUCAGAGAAAUCUAGCUGGAAGUGAUGACCCCACCAUAAGAAGCUCUGGCAGAUUUUCAGUGAUAUCUGAAGAGAAACUAAAAUUGGCUAUUCAGCUAGCCAAAAGGGACAUAAAACGAAGACAUCUUGAAGAGCAAGUGAAACAGCAAGUGUUUGGAGGUGAUGUCAAUAAACCAUUGUUGGCCCAGAAGUCACAACAGCAGAAGACUGACGUAUUUGAAAGUCCAGAAAAUAAAAAUGCACUGAAAUCUCAAACUCACUUGAAAUAUCAGCAGAAACUCUGUCAGCCUUCCAAAAUGGAGACUACCACCUCUGGUGCUAAAGUUUAUGUCUACACACCAAAUAAGGGAAAGCUAAUACCAGCUGGUUUUGACUCUCCACCUACCCAUGACACAGGACCAGACCCCAAGCCAAAUGUAAAUAAAAAAGAAGAUAAAAAUAUGCAGGAAGUCCAACGGCUGCAAAAGGAGUUGAGGAAAUAUAUCCAGAAAAUUGAAGAACUGACUAAAAAAGGGAGAGAGAGAGAAAUUUUAGAUCCUGACAAAGAGCAACAAGUUUACACUAGGAGACAGAAACAAGCUGCACGGUCAGCUCAGAUGCUGUAUGUACUCCAGCAACAGGUAAAAGAAAUUCAGGAUGAUUUAGAGAAACUGAGUCCUCAUAAAAUCAAACAUACUAAAAAGUCUCGUGCAGUAUCCAGAUUGGCGGCAGCACACAGAGGAGCUGUACGAGCCUUGCAGGCAUUUGCCAGUCAGUUUACAGAUCAAACAGAGCAGCAGAUUCCUAACCACUACAAGGAACUGGGCAGUCUCAUUCGUCAGCUGUCUCUCUGUUCCGCCAAACUAGAAGUGGAUUCUUCCAUUUCUGACAUUAUCAUAGAUAUCCUGCUGCAAGUUGAGGAUCUGGAUUCACUGCUCAAAAAGAAAAAAACACCCCAAAAAGUGAAGAAAUGUACUUCAGCAUCUCAGGGCAAAUCUCCAAGGAACACUGAGACAUUUCCAGCCAGAAAGCCGCUUACAUCUCCAAAAGGAGAAAACAAACCUCUCAUCUUAAAAAGACAUCAUGGACAAGAACCUAGAAAACCUCCAGCUGCCAGGAGUCUCUUGACUGCAGUUCAAGAGGCAAACAGUUGUGCUCAUAUAUUGCACAAUAAAUUCCGACAAGAAAAUGACCUACCUACUCCAGAGAGACAUGCUACUUUACAAGGAAGCAUAGAUGCACUGGUGAGAGCUAGAGCCGUAAAAAAAUAUCCCAUCCUUGAAAAUGGCCCUUUGAAGAAGAAAGGCAUGUUAUUACCUGCAAAAUCACAGGGAAUGCUGAAACCUCUAAAAUCAAGACAGGUACAGCCUCAAGGAAAGCAUUCCGGAUUUCAAAAGACAACUAUAGCUUUCCAGCUAAAAGAGAACAAACGACUUGUUAAGAAGAGCAGAGUACCCUGCGCGCCUCCAAACUCUGCAUCUCCACCUGUUCCACCAAAGCGACUAGCAUGCCUUGAAGCAGACUCAAGAAGUGUGAAGGUUCUAACUGACCUUAGCAGAGGAGAAAUGAAAAAAAUACAAAAGUUAAGGUCACAAAGUGCUUCUCCAACCUGGUAUGCAGACAAAGUUGAGAAGGCAGUACGGGAGUGCUUAGAACCUCUGUUAGAUAGGACACAGCAGGUUGCAGCAAAUGCAGAUAUUCUGAGUGAAAAGCUGUUGGAUGAUCUUUUGGAAGACACUGCUCAGGAACUGUGGAAUAUGGAGCAGCAUGAGAGACUCCAGACCAGGACUCUGCCUAUGGCUGACACUCAUAGUCUGGAGUCAAUGUUGCAAAGAAUGGAAGAAAUUGAAAGAUACCAGGAGGCUGUGCGCAGGAGAUUCACCCAGCUUGUGUACAGUGAUUUGGAGUUCUGGGCCCAGGAAGACAAAAUGGAAGAACAAAUUUCAUCAAUAGAUAAAAGACCUACAUCUCCUCAUCCAAUUCAGAUAACCAAAUUAAUAGGAUGUACAGAGCCAGAAACUGACAUUUUAUUUGAAAAACGAUUUGAUGGCAAUGACACUGAUGAAAACAAAGAAGCAGAAGAGAAAUUGCAGACUGGAAAUGACAUUCUGCAGCCCUUGACUCUGAAUUCUCUACAGAAAGAGUGCUAUGUGUCUCUUUCCGUGCCAAAGUAUAUGCUCCAGAGCAUCUUGGAUUAUAACAGCAGAUACCAGCAUCACUUAAAGCUUAUUUCCCACGAGGUGGUAGGCAGUUUCAAUCCAUGGCAGAUUGCUGAGAGUCUUGCAGAGCAACUAACAGAAGAAGCCUUAUGUGAUGUGGCAGCAGAGCUGCAGGAUGUUUGUGAGGAUUAUGCAGAAGCUGUGUUCACAUCAGAGUUUUUGCAACCAGCACAGUAAAUGCUUUCAAAUCUGCCCCAUUAUCAAAUGCAACAUCAGCCUCAGUCUAACAGUCUUAUCUGAUGAUCUAAUUUUUCAUGUUUUUUUAAAAGUCUGUGAGAUUCUGUUCACCAAAUUAAUUAAGUCCAUCACUGAUUCAUCUUGAGUUCUUACAAAACCAUUAUCAUGUUGCUUUCCUUUUCAGACUUCAUUAUACUGCAUUUAUCAGGACUUUAUUUCUUUAGCCAGUGUUUCAGUAGAAUGAAGUAAGUUAGAGGUAAAGUUUAUAUAUUUUCAUAGGAAUACCAACCCAUUUGUAUACCUGUAUUACUUCAUUCAUUUUUUAUGUGAUCUUCUUGCUAGAAUAAAUUACUGGGAGGAGGACUGGGUUCAAACGUGUCACGGACUUAGCCGUACUGUGCCUCAAUUUUCUGGUUUAAAAUGGAGAGAAUCUGACUUACCUACCUCAUAAGGGAGGUAUGGGUUUUAGUUUAUUCUUCUCAAUAAAAUGGAUUGAAUGUAUCUGAUAGUUGUGUCAGCAGAAUUAAACAUUAUUGAUAUUUCUAAAGCCAAGAUGCAGCAGUCCAGAGUAAAAGCUGUUUGGUUUGCUGCUUAGGUCUUUCAGUAUCAUGGAAGAAAGAUGUUGUCUGACCACCAUGUUUAGCAUAUAUGCUAGGAUUAGUUCUUUUGGAGAUGUGGCUCUCCAAAGGAAGGAUCCUUAUGGCACAGCAUUAAUUAGAUGUAAACACUUAGUAUUGGCUGCAGUCAUAGGCCCAACAGCCUGCUUGGACUCAUGCAAUCAACUUCUGAAUGCAGUAUCUUUUCUGUUGGUUUCUGAAUAUCACUAGUACAUUAUGCACAGACAAACGAGACCUUUCAAUAGAAACACAUAAUGGAGAUUUUCUUUUUAAGCUAGUCUAAAAUAUAAUUUUAUCAGCAUUUAGUGAUCCAACCCCACAUUGCUUGUUCUUAAGAAUCCCAUUGAAAUCAAGAGCAACAAAAUAAAUGGACAAUUGCUGUUUCUGCAA